AGGACCAGCGAGGGGCUGUUUGGAGAGCUGGCAGGCGGGCCGCGGCUGGACGACUCUCCUUCUUGCGACUCUUUGGUGCCGGGAGGCGGGUCUCUGGGUUGCAAUCGGCGCUGCCGACUCGCUGGGUCCGGCGGACUCACGUGACCGACGCGGGAUUCGGAGCCGCUCAGCGCACUGUGGAGGCAGCGGCGGCGGAGGCUGAGGCGAAGGCGGAGGCGACCGCAGCUGGGAGAUAGCGGCUUGGCAGGGGACGGGCCGGCUGCCCUUUGGGACGGCCGCCGAAGAGAAGAAAAAUGGCGGAGGCCUCGGCGGCCGGGGCAGGCGCGGGCGCCGCGGUAGCCGCGCACCGGUUUUUCUGCCACUUUUGCAAGGGCGAGGUCAGCCCCAAGCUACCGGAAUAUAUUUGUCCCAGAUGUGAAUCGGGCUUUAUUGAAGAAGUGACAGAUGAUUCCAGUUUUUUAGGUGGUGGUGGCAGCCGGAUAGACAGCACGUCGACGCAUUUUGCAGAGCUCUGGGACAGUUUGGACCACACAAUGUUUCUUCAAGAUUUUAGACCAUUUUUAAGUAGCCAUCCACUGGACCAAGAUAGUAGAGCCAACGAGAGAGGUCACCAAACUCACACUGACUUCUGGGGGCCAAGUCGGCCUCCACGGCUGCCAAUGACUCGGAGAUACAGAUCCCGAGGAAGUACUCGUCCUGACAGAUCCCCAGCUAUUGAAGGAAUACUACAACAGAUUUUUGCGGGAUUCUUUGUAAAUUCUGCAGUUCCUGGAUCCCCACACCCUUUUUCCUGGAACGGGAUGCUGCACUCCAACCCUGGGGACUAUGCCUGGGGUCAGACAGGGCUUGAUGCCAUUGUUACCCAGCUUUUAGGACAACUGGAAAAUACAGGCCCUCCCCCAGCUGAUAAGGAAAAGAUCUCAUCUCUUCCAACAGUGACAGUAACUCAGGAACAAGUUGAAAUGGGUUUAGAGUGUCCAGUAUGCAAAGAAGAUUACAUGGUUGAAGAGGAAGUCCGGCAGCUACCCUGCAACCACUUCUUUCACAGUAGUUGUAUUGUGCCAUGGUUAGAACUGCAUGACACGUGUCCUGUAUGUAGGAAGAGUUUAAAUGGUGAGGACUCUACUCGGCAAACCCAAAGCUCUGAGGCCUCUGCAAGCAACAGAUUUAGCAGUGACAGCCAGCUACAUGACCAGUGGACUUUCUGAAUCUAAAGCCCACACCUGAGCCAGGGCUGUGGUAGUCUACUUAGCCACAGCUAUUAACUGAAUCAAACAAAAAAUAGUAGGUGGAUUUAGGAAUCUCAUAAGAAACCCAACACGUAAUGUUAAUGCAAUGAGUUUUUCCUCUUCAAAUUUAAAGUUAGUAUCUAAAGAUGGAAUUGUAUGUACAACCAAAUGCCUCUUAUUCCUGAAUUAAGAGUGAUAAUUUUAUAAGUGUGAAACUUAAUUAUGUGGCUCCCCCCCCCCCCCCCCGAAUAGAAUCAGUUCCUUAAAGUCAGGCUAGGGACCUGCUGUCUGUCAUGCUGCCUUACCAUUAGUGUAUUUUUUAGCAAAUACAGUGGAAACAGAACCCUAACAUCGUGCUGAUAUAAGUCCCUUUGUCUUAAUUGUUUGGAAAAGUGCUGCUCUUGGCUACAUUAGCCAUGAGGCAAGGUCAAAUUAAUUCAGGAAUCUGAAACUAAUAGUUCUGUUUUGUCUUGAUCCUGAAAGCAAAUCAAAGAAAAAUUGAAGUGGGAAGGAGAAAGUGGUAUAUCAUUAUACUUUUUGGUUUGCUCAUUUUAAUUUUUAAAGACUACUUCAGGAGAUACAGUUUCUCCCAGAAACCAGCAUGACUUGUCUUAGGAGCUUGGGUAGAACCUGAUUCUGGUCCCGUUCUGGGAAUGAAGCUAGCAGUAUGUGGGCACAAAGGGACAGAAGUUUGAAACCUUUGGUUCUGAUGUUUUUUAAUAACUCCCCACUCUGUUUAUUGUCUCUUAUCCUGCAGACCUUAAAAUAAUUUCCUUCACAGAAAUGGGAUUACUUUAUUACUGCUUUCACAGCCAGUUCACUGUUUUUGAUAAUUCAUUGUUCUUCAGGAAUCGAAAAUUAUUCAGUGUCUCAUUUUAAUGUUUAAAGCCUAUUUUUUUUUUUUUUUUUUUUUUUAUCUCUGAAACUUUCCUGUUCUACUUGGUUCUGGCUCCACUUAGAAUCAAACUGAUUGUUGUGAUCAUGCCUAAAACAACUUGACCUAGGAGAGGUGGACCUUAUUAUUUUUUUUUUCCAACCUAAAAGUGCCCCAUGCAUAUUUGCAUGGCUCUUUGAAGCAUUUCAGUGUUUAAAGUUGAAUAAAUGAAGAAAGUCAAGAAUAUUGUUGGAACUUCAAAAUGUCAAAAGGAAAUGAUGGGGACAUGUAACAGCUGUUAGUCCACGUAAAAGGGGAUUUGUGUGGUCACAUCAGCCCUUCCUGGUUUACCAGAACACAGAAGGUCACUCAUUGGUGAGUCUGUUUCUUGGCUAGGAGGCUUUCCUCAGUUUUUGUUGACUAUCAUACACUGAUUUUGGGGGUGAGGGAAGGGGGUUGGAGACAUCUUUGCCCAUACUUUGGUAGAGGAUGUAAGAGUAGGAGAGGAAAGAGAGAAAGUGGGAGAGUGGUCUGCUGAACUAAUAACCCACCUAUUAAAACAGUGACCAGAAGGUGUGAUUCAGGUUGGGCCCAGAGUGAAUAAAAGCUGUUUUCUCAUAUGCCUGUCCUACUACAUUUCUGUAAAAAGUUUUCUUUUGGGGAAUGUGAGCUAUUUACUAUGGCUAUUGAAAUGUAGCCUGAAAAUACACAUUGGUUUUGAAUUGGGGAUAGGGAGAGGAAAAGGAAGGUGAGAGGGCUGUUACAAAUAUUUGGCCACUACUUAGAUGGGUGAAGGCCAUGAUGCUGAUGUUUGAGCACAUUGUAGUUUUCAAGUGGAACAACAACAGUUGUCUCAGAAAAGUUAUGACUGCCUGGAAAUUUUUGUCUGUCAGUGUCUGGAAAUGCCAGGACGGGCUGCUGUACUUUUACUUAGGUUGUCUAGAGAAAUAGAAAGGAUCCAAGUAGCUUCACAAAGGGAUGGAAACCCUGGAUAGGGUUUUGCCUUUUCAUUGCACAGUAUCUCAAACAGUAAACAGCGUUCCUGAAAUUUUCUUCACUUUUCCUGCUCUGAUAGAUAGAGGACGUGAGUCUUAUUUUGCUAUUUCUGAGACCCAUCCCACUUAAGUUUUCCCAAGUGAAUAGUGACUCUGAGAAAGUUUCCUUGGCUUAGAGAAUUCACUGAGAACUAGGUUAAAUGGGAGGAAAUGUGUGUGGAUGAGGAUCACUCUGCUGUGUACAUCAUUUCUAUUUUUCCUCCUUAACCUAAAUUAACCGGGAAGUUCAAGGUGCCUCACAUUCCAGGAAGAAACAUUGCAAAUUCAUUAGUCUAACACCGGAAUAUGGCUGGGAUUAAGAAAUUUAUUUAUUUCUGGGAAUGCCUUGCUGUUAAAUAUUUCUAACACAGUAUAGAUAACCUGAACUGUUCAGGUGUUUGUUCCUUUAUAGCUGGAUGGUUUACAGACUCAGGAAUCUAACCCCUUCAUAGGAGUCAAGAGAGAGAUAAUUCAGCUUUCCUUGAUUGUCAGAAGAGAAAACUGGUGUGAUUUCAGAUCUUGAGCCCUUCUGUAAAUUUGAGGCCUUUAUAUUCGUAUUAAAUGACCUAUCCUUUUAAAUUCCAUGCAGAGCUGAACAGAUUGAUUUCUUAUCCAUGAAUGUCUUCUUUAUCUUCCUCUUUUCCAUUACAAUUUGAAGGAAGAAAGAAGAAAACUGUUUAGCACAUAAUUAGGAGACACUUCCCAGAGAUUGAUGGACUUGGAGGUUGAGAGAUUAUAUAGGGUAGCUCCUUGCUGGCCUCCCAAUUUGCUUCAUCUGGGUACCUUCCAGUAUGGAUUAGUCUAACCCAUCUUAAUAUAGGUUAGUUCUGGCUGGACAGAACUGGGAAGUGGGGUGGGAAGGGCAGAAAGGUGAACACUUGGCUGAUAUCUACAACAUCUUUAAAGUUUCUGAGAUAGUGAGUUGGGGGCAGGGAGAAUAAUCCAGGUAUUAACAUUUAAUUUUUCUUUAAAGUUCCUAUUGUCAUUUCUCUGGAGGGUUGAAAAACUUAGUAAUCCAGAAUGACGUUUUGUCUCUGAUGUUAUACCUUCUUGACUUGUAAUGUUUAUUUUAUAAGAAAAAGGAAUAACUCUAGGCAAAGGAUGUGGAAAAGACUUAAUUGAAUAAGCUUCCUUAGCUUAUUAUAAAUUGGAGUUGUCAACAUUUGUUGCAUAAGAAUUGGGCAAGUGCUUACUAGAUGUUUCCUUGAGCAGUAAUUUGGGCCAAUAAUUUGUUCUCUAAGUUGUAAGGAACAUUUGGGGGGAAGAAGUUAUUUUCCUCCCAAACAAGUCUUACUUUAAUUAAAUAGUUAAUGGGAAAAAAAAAAUCCUAUUUAUGUCCUUCUAUUUCAGCUACAUAUGCUUGUGUAUGUGUGUGUGUAUUUAUACUGGAGGAAGAGAAGAUAUGGUGGACACAGCUGGAGUAAGCAGGGAUACAGUGGAGGGCUGGAGCCCACUGACUGAUUAUUUCAUUAUACAUACAUUUAGGCCCUUGUGUCUGUCUUUGGGGUACUGUUGGCUUGGGCAGACACCCUGCUAUAUGGUCUGUGGUGAAGGGAUUCACUAGAAGUAAAAACUUAGUCAUUUCUGAGGGUUGAAAAGAAAUGACUUUGAGGACGGGCUGUUUGUUCCCCCUUUAUUGCUUCUGUGUUAUAAUUAGUUGAACUGACAUACAAUUAUCAAAUAUAAAAAAAAAAAUUAUUGAUACCAAAUUGACUUCUCUCAUGAUCUUAUACAUGCUUUACUUUCUUUCUCUUUGGUUUCCAGGUGCUGUUUCCCCAAGGAAUACAAAUUAAAUAUAUCAGUUUUAACAAAAAUUAUUUAGGAGGGAAAUAUAGGCUGUGUCUGUUUUAAAAGAAAAAGAAAAACAAAAUGGCCACUGGGGUUUUUGGAGAUUGAGGGACACUUCAGAGUUGGUUGCUAGAGCUGAUCUAGGCACACCGAUGACAGAUUUUUAAGACAAGAAGGAACAAGGCUGGUGAGUAGAUAAUAGGAUGUUAGGGAAACCCCGUCUUUGGCUUCUUUGAUAGAGAGGUGGAAAGGUAAGAGUGCUGUUUAUAAGAGUAAAUCAGCCAGAUUUUGGGGUGACUAUCAGGGGAGAAUACUCUUAUUAAGAGUUUCCAAGAUGAAUCUCAAUGUGAGUUCUGAUGCGGAGAGUUGGGGCAAAGAUUUAAUGGGAUAAACAUACUACAAAUUGCUAUAUGGGGUGAAGGGGGUGCAGGGAAGAAUCAUAGCUUGCAGUAAUGUCAGCCAGUACCUCAGCACUCAGGAUGGGAACCACAGGAAUACUCCAAGGAUUUAAAAAAGAAUGCAUAGAAUAUAAUGCAUACAACUGGAUAUCUUUUCCAGGGUCAAAAUAGAGCCCUUUUCUGAUCCAAAGGACAUUAAGAAGUUUUGAUGUCUCAUACCUGCCAAAGACAAGUGGAAUUAUAGGUAUUCAACUCUAAGAUCUUAUGUAUAUAUAUAAACUCUAUGUUUUGCUGCCAAAUUACACUUAGGUGGUAUCACAGAAGUGGAGUCUAUAUGUUGCCUUUCCUUUUUCAACUAGGAUACUUAAAAUUGUGAAUCAUGUUUGUGGUCCUUUACCUUUUUAAAUAAGAGGUACCAUUUUCAAGGUCCCAAUAUUGUUAGACUCACUCUCAAGGUGAUAGCUGUAUUUUAGUAUCUUUUGUUGAAAAAACAAACAAAAAAAACACCUGCUAUAAUUUUAGUAAUGCUUUUAAAUUAAUUUGUCUUUUAUUAGUCACACCAGCAUCUACAUUCAAUUGAAAUAUAGUAUAUAUUCAUUCUUGUAAGAUAUAUUAUUUAUUCCGACUGAACACAAUGCUUAUACAGAUUCCUUUUAAUAACCCCAGGACCUUACAGAGAUUCAAAACCCAUGGGUUGUCACUCAUAGAGAUUUGAGGUUAAGAUGUGUGUCCAGAAAACUACCUAUUCAUGCAUGGAGGUCUGUAGGCUUAAAUGAAAUCAGUUGUAUCACACAGUUUGAAAGCCAAGAUAUAAAUAUUUGAAAUGUCUGUUUAACUGAGUCUUGAGAUAAGCAGAAUAAAUAAAAAACUUUUAGAAGUGA